AUGACAGGCCGAAUCAUUCUCAGCGGACUCUUGGUCAUCCUGGUCCUUGCUACUGUUUGUGCCGCACAGGCUCCAAACGGCAAUCGACCAGCGAGACCAGGACCAAGACCAAGACCAGGAAACGGUACAGGCCCACCUCCACCAACACCAGGUAAUGGCACCGGUAACCACUCACACCCAAGCAACGGAACCGCUCCUCCUCCACCAAGACCAGGCAAUGGAACCGGUAACCACUCACUCCCAAGCAACGGAACCGCUCCUCCUCCACCAAGACCUGGUAAUGGCACCGGUAACCACUCACUCCCAAGCAACGGAACCGCUCCUCCUCCACCAAGACCUGGUAAUGGCACCGGUAACCACUCACUCCCAAGCAACGGAACCGCUCCUCCUCCACCAAGACCUGGUAAUGGCACCGGUAACCACUCACUCCCUAGUAACGGAACCGCUCCUCCUCCACCAAGACCUGGUAAUGGCACCGGUAACCAUUCACUCCCAAGCAACGGAACCGCUCCUCCUCCACCAAGACCUGGUAAUGGCACCGGUAACCACUCACUCCCAAGCAACGGAACCGCUCCUCCUCCACCAAGACCUGGUAAUGGCACCGGUAACCACUCACUCCCAAGCAACGGAACCGCUCCUCCUCCACCAAGACCUGGUAAUGGCACCGGUAACCACUCACUCCCAAGCAACGGAACCGCUCCUCCUCCACCAAGACCAGGCAAUGGAACCGCAACAGCUCUGCCCCUCUGCCGCCUCCUAGUGGACCCCCUCCAACAGGAGAACGCCAUUCAUGUGAGGGGGCAUGCGGUGGCAUCAGUCCCACUGGAGCCUGCUUUUGUGAUGAAGCUUGCAGAGAUUAUGGUGAUUGCUGCCGGGAUUACCAGAAAGUGUGUCAGAAUAAAAGGCACACUUAAACUGGUUGAAUCAGGGCCUCUGUUCAAUAAUAGCGGGCCUUCUCCUCCGAACCCAAACCAAGUGUAG